AUGUUCUUUUCCAUUGUCAGACGCCAGGCUACGCCCGCCUACACUGCUCUUCUAAACUCCAUCAAGGUGGACUUGAAGCUGGCCAUGAAAGCCAAGCAGAAUACCGAGAAAAACACCAUCAGAGCCAUUUUGUCUACCAUUAAAAAUAAUGAGAUCGAUGGAGGUGAGCAAUCUGAGUUUGAGUUGAGCAAAGUGCUCAACAAGAUGAUCAAGCAGCGUAUUGUGUCUGCCAAUGAAUACCAACAGCAGAACAGAACCGAUUUGGCUGAGGUAGAGACUCAGGAAAUUGAUAUCAUUCGCAAGUACGUCUUGAGUUUACCUGUAGCCAGUGACGAGGAGAUCACCAAGAAGAUCGUGGACUUUUUGACUGAUUUGAAGGCCAAGGACUCGUCGAUGCAUGUUGGAGCAAUUUUCAAACAGAUUACCGAUGAAUUGGCAAAUACAUGGGGAGCAGCACCUUCGGUGAUCAAGUCCAAGAUUCCUCAGCUCUACAAGGAUAUUUUCCAGAAGUGA